AUGGGACGAGCCUUCACGAAGAACGCCGCUAAACUCACCGAGCGCAAAGUGGAUGCCGGAUACUGCCUGCUCUUCGUGGAACAUCUCAAAGGAGCCGCGCUCGAAUGGUUUUCGAGGCAGGAGCGCAAUUCGAUCAGCGGUUUUCAACAGCUCUCCGCUUUGUUCCUCAAACAAUACUCGAUGUUCAUGGACAGAGGAAUAAGCGACAAGGCUGCGCUCGAGGCUCUGAAACGAUCUUUGUGGUACAAGUCUGAGUUCCGACGAGAGAUGGCUCUCAACAGGCCGCAAACAAUUCAAGACGCUUUGCACCGAUCAUCAGACUUCUUCGUGAACGAAGAGGAGAUGAAAAACUUAGACGAGCAGUAUGAAGCAACGAAAGCAGCAAUCCGAAGCUCAAUUUUGCCGCGCCCCACGAAGAAGGGCAACCCAUCAAACAAUACAACAACGUUAAGCUCGGAUGAACCUAGAAGCGGAGGAGCCCAUAACUACCAGGUGGGUGUCGAACGCGGAAGAGGAGAGCCGCACAACAACACUUGGGUGAGAAAGUCCGCCAACUACGACGAGAAGGCUUUCUGCGAGUAUCACCAGACGUACGGACACUCAACGGCUCAAUGCAGAACUUUAGGAGCAAAGCUCGCAGCUAAGAUGGCAGCGGGAGAGCUCCAAAACGCGGUCAACCUCAAAGACCUCGUCCCAAACGAACAACAAGAGAGAGCCGAGCCGAGCGGCACGGCGGAACCCGCAAAUCCUCCCAGACGAGGUGAUAACUCCAAGCGUGACAGGAGAGGCGAACCUGAAGAGCGAUCCGAGCCGAGGCAAAGGAUCAAUAUGAUCAUGGGUGGAUCCCAGUACUACCAAGAUACCGUAUCCUCCAUCAAAGCCUAUCAGCGUCGAGCCGAGGCAAAAGAGAAUUGGACAGAACCAACCGACGUCCCAAACACAGUGAUCUCCUUCGCCGAGGAGGAAACGGCAGGAAUCGAUCGACCCCACAACGAUCCGUUGGUGAUCGAGUUAACAAUCAGGGAUCAUGACGUAUUAAGGGUGCUCAUCGACACUGGAAGCUCGGUAAACGUCAUCUUCAGAGAAACGCUCCAAAGAAUGGGAAUCGACCUCUCCGAGGUGGAAGCAAUCCCCAAACCUCUAACCGGAUUUUCAGGAGAAACGACGAUGACUAUGGAAACGAUCAGACUUCCCGUGGUAGCUGGCGGAGUCACUAAGAUCGUCGAAUUCUGCGUCACUGAUCACCCAGCAAUCUACAAUGUGAUCAUGGGAACUCCCUGGAUCAACGGGAUGCGGGCAGUACCCUCCACUUACCAUAUCUGCCUCAAAUUCCCAACUCCAUCAGGCGUCAAAACGAUCUGGGGGAAUCAGAAGGAGUCACGAAUGUGCUGCCUAGCCGAGCACAAGCUGAGGAACGCCGUCACCGACGCGCGAGCAGACAUAGACCGCAAAAAGAUGAAGACAGACAGAGAGCCUGCGAACGAGCUCUCCAAACUCUUAUAG